AUAACAGACUCGACGCCGUUUUGUAGUUCCCGGGUUUACUCGAUCAAUAUGAAAAUGGGAGGUCGUUUCGUGUGCCCGUAGCAAAGUGUGACUACCAAUGCUGUGGGUCACCUACCUCGUCUAUGCCCGCUUUUGUACCAGCAAGAUGUGCCAAACACCAGAUGGUAUUGCUUGAAUCAGGGCGUCACUGUUCGACCCCUUUGCAUUUAAUUGAAGUGGAUCAUUAGCCAAAUUAUCCAUGGAACGGGCAAGACAAAACAGGGCAAAUAAGUCUGGGGAGACAGAGAAGCAAAACGUGAACAACGCAGUUAACUUGAGUCGUGAGCUCAAGGAUGAAAAGCAGCGACAAGUUAGCACAAUUGAGUCUGGGUCGAAGAACCGCCGGAAGAAAGAUGUGGACCAAAACAAGCAGAACAGUAUUUCCUCCUACAAUGGGUCUGAAAGAAAACUGACACCGGAAAAUGUCUCGAGAAGCUCAAAAUCUGAGUACACACUUCGCAAGGAGGACAUCUUAAAGCUGAAGGAAGAGAUUCAGGAAUCCGCUACUGAAGUCAGGGUUGGAUUAUUGUCCUCAAGUUAUGCAUCUUCCAUCACUGUAGUUCCCGGUCAGACAAAGAUUGCACCAACGUUGCUCAUGAAUGGGGGACCACACGCAUCUUGGGAUUUCAGUCGAAGUUUUGACAGGAGCAAAGUAGGUCCAAUCGGUGCCCUACCUGUAAGUACUCAGGAAUAUGUGCUGUUGGAAGAUCUCCUAUAUUGUCUCGUGGGCGUUGACGGCUCCUAUAUCAAAGCAUUGCCUCUCACGAAGCCUUACGGCAUCCAGACCUUCUCGGUUGAUGAGACAGCAGAUCCUGCACUACAUCAGCUGGUCAAGAAGGUCCUUCAGCUCUGUAGCUGUUGCUCAAUCGUAACACGUUUCAUAGAAGCAAAUAUGGAAUACAACCAGGGGAUGGUGAAUCAGGCCCUAGCCACUGCUAUGGAGCUCAUAAUGCGGGACCACACUGUGCUGGUAACUCAGCUGGAACAUCACUUGGUGCAUUUACGUAAUCUCACACUUCACAAGAUGUGGUUCUAUGUGCAACCAGCCCUGUCACACAUGGAAACAUUGGCAUCAGUCGCAACAGCAGUGCUCAAGGGGAAGUGCUUCGGAGGGCGAACGCUUGGUGUACUUCAUGAGAAGGCAACAUCUUUAACUGGUGAUUCCAGGGCCCGAGAGAUCUGUCUUCACUUGGCCAAAGCUGCUUCUGUGCCAUACUUUGAGAUGAUAGAAAAGUGGAUCUAUCAGGGUCAAAUCCGUGAUGUGUACAAAGAGUUUCUUGUUGCUGAUGGUAACCAGGUCACAAAGGACGAUGUAUCAGUCGAUAACACAGACAACUAUUGGAAUACUCGGUACACAUUAGUUCAUGAAAUGGUGCCAACGUUUCUGAAUUCUAUCGCUGAGAAAAUACUCACGACGGGAAAGUAUCGUAAUGUUAUACGUCAAUGUGCUACGGGUGGAAAAUCUAUAGAGCUGCCAAAGGAACAUCUGUGCUACUCCGUAAAUGAACGAGAAUAUUCGGAAAAGAUUGACAGUACUUAUGGCUUGGCAAGUCGCACGCUUCUGAACCUGCUCAUGCGCAAUUUGGACCUCAUGGGGAGACUUAGGUCCGUUAAACAGUAUUUCCUGAUGGAACAAGCAGACUUUGUGGUUCAGUUUAUGGACAUGGCUGACGAAGAACUGUCCUAUCCUAUUAGCAAUAUUGUGCCUACAAGAUUAGAGCUGUUACUUCAGCUUGCGUUGUCAACAAGUGUCGUCAGCACCGACCGAUACAAGGACAGCGUGAAGCACCAGCUCCUCGAAUGGAGCCUGCUGUCGCAGAUGAGUAGGAUACUCACUAGCGAUCAAGGCAGAAAUGACAUUCCUUCGGACCAGAUCUCUGGCUAUGAAGCUUUCACGCUCAAUUACGAUAUCGAGUGGCCACUCAACCUUGUACUCAGUACGUCGAGCCUAGGAUGCUACCAAAUGAUAUUCCGCUACUUAUUCUACUGCAGACACGUAGAACGCAUGCUUACCAAGGUCUGGCUCUUGGACAAAUCGACUCAGCAGUCAAAAUCUUUACGCACCCACUACACAGCAGCAUUUGGGCUGCGGCAUCGCAUGCUCCACUUUGUGCAAAACUUGGCAUGUUACAGCAUGGUAGAGGUUAUUGAACCAAACUGGCACAUCUUCCACUCCAAGAUGCAAGAGGUGCAAACCGUCGAUGCAGUGCUGGAACUGCACACGGACUUUCUGGACACCUGUAUGGUACAGUGCAUGCUCACAAACUACGGUCUGCUUCACGAGGUCUACACUACUUUGAGGCACUGCCUUGAUUUUGCAACAUAUGUCCUAGCAAGGCAGGCAAGCAACACAAAGACCCAGAGUGGUGACGUCAGCCUGCUGGUGGAUGUGGUGGAUGAAAGUAAAGAAGCAGUGCCAUUCCAAAAGCAAGUCGACAUGUACCAGGAUCAGUUUGACUCUUCUGUGGAAAGACUGCGAAAGUGCAUCUUGGAUUGCAGUGAGCUGUGCCAUGGGAACAGCUUUGCUGAUAUGCUGCACAGGAUUGAUUUCAACAAGUUCUACUCAAACAGGAGGACGUCAGCUGCACAUUAAGGUGCCUCGGGAAAUCAAUCUGUAUCCUAUCACGUCCUUCCUAUGCCUAAAGGUUGGCUGUUUGAAUUCAGUUGCUCGCAAUUCAAGCAAAACUGUUUGUAUUUACUGUUUGUUAUUCUGUAAGCUUGCGAAUAAAAUAAAAAUGUAGCUGCCUCGCAAGCAAAUGUU